CUUCUACCUCCUUCAUCUAGCUCUCCACGCCUUGAUCAUCUCCGGAAUUGCUUUUCCUCAUUGCUCCUCACCCUUCGCUACUCUUACCUCUCCGACCCUACCCGUUCUAGUGCCGCACGCGCGUAACUGUUUGGCGCAGCAGAGCUCUUGCAUCGAACCACGUCACUGCGCACCACAUCUCCACUGAUCUUAUCUCCUAGGCAGCACUACCCUUGUGUUCCCUUCUCCUCAGUUACGUAUGAACACAAUUCGCCGCCCAGAUACUAAUUGACGUCCUCUCCCUGUCGAGAGCUGUAAUCCUGCGCCGUCCCCACGAUGCGGGGUCUCCGCUUCCUCCCCGUGGUCGCGAGUCUGAACCUCCUCUUACUGUCUUCUUCGAUAGCUUCUGCACAGGGAGAAACCAAGAUCCACGAAGAAGGUCGCUGCGCGAUCAGAGGCCACUGCGGGAAGCAGUCGAUUUUUGGCGGAGAGCUACCUUGUCCGGACAAUGGCCUCGCAGAGAAACCCGAACCAUCGGUCAGAAAGAAGUUGGUGGACCUAUGCGGUAGCAAAUGGGAGGAAGGACCCGUCUGCUGCCUUAAUGAACAGGUCGACGCGCUUGCAAGUAACCUGAAGCUUGCCGAAGGCAUUAUUUCGUCUUGUCCUGCAUGCAAGGAAAAUUUCUUCAACCUCUUCUGUACCUUUACAUGUUCUCCGGACCAGUCGCUCUUUGUCAAUGUCACCCAGACGGCGAAGAGUAAGUCCGGAAAGUACCUGGUGACGGAGUUGGAGAACGUUUGGUCGGAGAAGUACCAGAGUGGUUUCUACGACAGCUGCAAGAAUGUCAAGAAUGGUGCCUCCGGAGGCAAGGCUAUUGAUUUUAUCGGCGGCGGUGCGAAGAACUAUACUCAAUUCCUCAAGUUCCUUGGCGAUAAGAAGUUCUUGGGCAGCCCAUUCCAGAUGAACUUCAAAACAGAACCUAGUGGUGAAGAUUAUCACGGCAUGCAUCCAUUGACUAUUGAGCCAAAGGCUUGCAAUGACUCCGAUCCGGCUUUCCGUUGCUCCUGUGUCGAUUGUCCGGAUGUCUGUCCGGAGUUGCCUCCCCUAACUACGGAGAGGUACUGCCACGUCGGGCUGCUCCCGUGCCUGUCGUUUGCUGUCAUCAUUAUCUACUCCGUAUUUCUCUUAUUUAUUGUUGCUCUAUCCACCUAUGUUGCAUAUAAGGAGCGCCGCUUUCGCAAGCCCGAGCGCGUCCGUCUUCUUCAGGAUCCGGUGCCGAGCGACGAUGAGGAUGAAGGCGACAUUCUUGGUACUGGAGGUUAUUUUGAGCAGCCUAAUGGCAUUUAUAAACUUAAUUCCAUUCUAGACACCAUGUUCAAUCAUCUUGGUGGUGUCUGUGCCCGGUUUCCGGCCCUGACAAUCGUAUCAAGCUUGAUUGUUGUCGGACUAAUGAGCCUAGGGUGGCUCAGGUUCACCGUCGAAAGAGACCCUGUGCGUCUAUGGGUGAGCCCUACCUCAGAAGCUGCUCUAGAAAAAGAAUUCUUCGAUGCAAACUUUGGUCCGUUCUUCCGGGCUGAGCAGGCGUUCCUCGUCAAUGAUAGUGGCCCUGUUCUUAGUUAUGAUACUCUGAGCUGGUGGUUCGACGUUGAAUCACGGGUCCGCCGUACCAUUUCCUCAGAUCACGAGUUGAUCCUCGAUGACGUUUGCUUCAAGCCAGUUGAUGAUGCCUGCGUUGUCCAGUCUCUGACCGGCUAUUUUGGUGGCUCCGUUGCUGGGCUACGACCUGACACCUGGCAAGACAGGCUCAAGCAUUGCACGGAAUCUCCAGGAGAUAUUAGCUGUCUUCCAGACUUCAAGCAACCCCUCAGACCGGAGAUGAUUCUUGGUGGAUACGAAGAAACUGGAAACGUGCUGGAUGCCAAAGCCCUAGUGUCAACGUGGGUGGUGAAUAACUACCCCCAAGGUGCCGAGGGCGAGGCCAGGGCUAUUGACUGGGAAAACAGUUUGAGACCUAUACUUGAAGUCGUUCAGGAAGAAGCUGAGGCGCGUGGCCUGCACGUUUCUUUUAGUACUGAAGUCAGUCUUGAGCAAGAGCUGAAUAAGUCCAGCAACACCGACGCGAAGAUCGUGGUUAUCAGCUAUAUCAUCAUGUUCAUCUACGUGUCAUUGGCCUUGGGCUCGGUUACGGUCACCUGGAGAUCUUUGUUGACGAAUCCUGCUAAUGCUCUUGUCCAGUCCAAGUUCACUUUGGGUAUUGUUGGGAUUGUCAUUGUUUUGAUGUCCGUGUCGGCUUCUGUUGGGUUGUUCUCUGCGGCAGGAGUCAAAGUGACUUUGAUAAUCGCAGAGGUCAUCCCUUUUCUUGUGUUGGCUGUUGGCGUGGACAACAUCUUCUUGAUUGUCCAUGAAUUUGAGCGGACUAAUCUGAAUUACCCAGACGAAGAGAUUGAUGAGCGUGUUGCUCGCGCUGUUGGGAGAAUUGGCCCCAGCAUCUUCCUCUCUGCCAUUACAGAGACUGUCGCUUUCGCCUUGGGUGUCUUCGUUGGAAUGCCGGCUGUCAAAAAUUUUGCUGCCUAUGCAGCCGGUGCGGUUCUUAUCAAUGCUGUUCUGCAGGUUACCAUGUUUAUCUCCGUUCUUGCGCUAAAUCAAAAACGCGUCGAAAGUCUUCGUGCAGACUGUAUUCCUUGUCUCACCGUACGCAGAGCAAACUCUUCCGGUAUGUCUCAUGAUCAUGUCUACGACGACCAAGAAGUAGAGAGUCUUCUCCAGAAGUUUGUUCGCAAAGUCUAUGCGCCGCUUCUGCUAGGUCGCCGAGUCAAGGUUGUCGUGGUCAUCGCGUUCCUGGGUUUAUUCACUGCAGGCCUGGCCUUGGUUCCUGAAGUGGCUCUUGGCCUAGACCAGCGUAUUGCUCUCCCAAGUGAUUCCUAUUUGAUACAGUAUUUCAAUGAUCUGGAUGCUUAUUUCGACAGCGGUCCUCCCGCAUACUUCGUGACCCGAGAUGUGAACCUAACUGAGCGCAGCCAUCAGAGGCAACUCUGCGGACGUUUCACGACCUGCGAAGAAUUCUCACUACCAUUCGUGCUGGAGCAGGAGUCAAAGCGUUCUGACGUGUCUUACAUCUAUGGAUCCACCGCCAGCUGGAUAGAUGACUUCUUCUACUGGUUAAACCCACAGCAGGACUGCUGUAAAGAGAAUGGGAAGAUCUGCUUUGAAGACAGACAGCCGCCAUGGAACCUCAGUCUAUACGGCAUGCCUGAGGGAUCUGAAUUUGUUUAUUAUGCGGACAAGUGGGUCGAUGCGCCCACGGAUGCAUCUUGUCCCCUUGGAGGGAAGGCACCAUACAGCAAUGCCGUUGUCAUCGAUUCGAACCGCCUGACGAUCAAUGCCAGCCAUUUUAGGACCAGCCAUACCCCGCUGAGAAGCCAGAAGGACUUCAUCAAUGCAUACCAGUCGGCUCGGCGUAUUGCCCGAGAUGUUUCGGCAAGAUAUAAUAUCGAUCUGUUCCCGUACUCGAAAUUUUAUAUCUUCUUUGACCAGUACCUAUCUAUUGUGCAGUUGACCGGCGCUCUACUUGGGUCAGCCGUGGGUAUCAUCUUUGUCAUUACCUCCGCCAUCCUUGGCUCUACCGCGACGGGAGCCGUUGUCACCGUGACUGUUGUGAUGAUCGUGGUGGACAUAAUCGGCACUAUGGCAGUGGCAGGGGUAUCGCUGAAUGCCGUCUCCCUUGUCAACCUGAUAAUUUGUGUCGGAAUCGGCGUGGAGUUUUGCGCCCACAUAGCACGGGCAUUCAUGUUUCCUGCCCGUCCCAUCAUGGAGAGUGCACCAACAAAGUUCCGGGGCAAGGACGCUCGGGCUUGGACCGCAUUGGUGAACGUGGGAGGCACUGUGUUUAGCGGUAUCACCUUGACGAAGCUGCUGGGUGUAUGCGUGCUUGCCUUUACACGAAGCAAGAUCUUCGAGAUAUAUUACUUCCGAGUCUGGUUGGCGCUGGUCGUGUUCGCGGCUUCCCACGCACUCGUUUUCUUUCCAGUGGCACUUAGUUAUUUUGGCGGAGAAGGUAUGUUCUUUUAUUGACGCUGUUCUGGGCCAUGGCAUGUCAACUAACCCCAGAAACAGGAUACUCCGACCCGGGAUCAGUCGGAGGCCUGGAGGAGAAUCUUGCUUCCCGCGGCUACCGUUCGUUGCUGGUUGACGAAGAUUACGACUCAGACGAAUUCUAAACAGGUUCUGGCCAUUAUCGCAGAACUUAUUUCCAUCGCUGUUUCCCGUUCCAGAUCUUCAUCAACAGCUACGACCCCAAGACUCCGCUCCUCCACGAUAUUAUAUUACGAAAGUGAUCUAGGGUUGCAUGUUCGUAAUGGAGUUUACAUGGCAGUUCCUUUUCUUGCUUCUUCCUUUUCUUUGUACAAAAGCGGGUUUGGCGGAAAUGCAUACUGUAUCACCUGGCUUUUUUUAGAUGUGUGAAUGCACGGCCGCGAGGCCAGUUGUGGGCAUGUCUUGAACAACUUGUGGCAUCUACUGAAAGAUAAUACUGGGAUAUUGUUGACUCUAUUAUGCAAAGAUGUAGAUUAAUAUUAAUAGUUGAUGGCCACGUCUGCUGGACUUUUCCUCCAAAAAUGCGUCCACACGUGGAAACCCCGC